GUUCCUUUGUGACUUCAUUUACUACUUGUCCUUAAAGCAAGAUAGAUCUCGUUCAGCUUUCAUCCAUGUCCCAACUCUCCGCAAAUUUCUGGCACAAGAUAUUUCUGCUGCCAUUGCUGCUGCCAUCAAGGAAAUGUACAAACAAAUUGUUCAGAAAGAUCAUCAAGGAGGAGAGGAAAAGCUCAAUAGAGUGUCUCCUACAAUUAACAAGUGGGAUGAGAAUGCUGCCAGGGAAAAUGAAGUACUACCAGAUGAGAAAAUAUCUGUAGCUGUCUGACUACUGGAUGCUAUUAUCACUUUCCUCACUCUCGGGGUCUUCACGUGUAAAUGAGACAAUGGCUAACAAUAACAUGCCAGUACAUAUGAGAAUGUACACCUCAAGUGUGUAAAAUGAAUUAAGAGAGGUAGCAAUUACAGACGAUAUCAUCAAAAGAAAAGUAGCCAGCUUCAAUGAAGUCAAAGCCCCUGGAGUGGAUGCAGCACUUAUCAAGGUGAUAAAGGUGGCAAAUGAGAUUUUCACCCCACUAAGACUCUUUCUCAGGAAAUCCUUGGAUCCAAGUAAAGUGCUGAGGAACUGGAAAUUAGCCAAUGUCACCCCAAUAUGCAAGAAGAGUUGAAAAGGUGCAGCAGAAAACUACAGGCUGUUCUGCUUAAUAUUACAUCCAGUACAUGUAAACCUAAGCGAUAUCACAGUCUUAUCAAUGCAUCACAACAUGGUUUCAUGGAAAGAAAAUCCUGUCUAACAAACUUACUCACAUUCCUUGAAACCGUAACAGAUAACUACAUUGUACUGUACAUGGAAUUCUCCAAGGCAUUUGGCAUCACAGCCAAGAUUUUGACAAAAUUAUUAAAAACAAUGGUGGGAUCCUACACAGGCCACCUCUAGUGGGUAGUCAUUAGGUAAAUAAGGUAUGUAAACAAGAGGAUUAUGAUGUGGUGCAGUUUGUAUAAAGCUGUAACAAUCAACACCAUGACAGUCUACACAUUCUUCAUCAUCAUACAUCAUUAUCCUUUGCCAACAUUCACCAGUAUUGUCUUUAGUGAAUAAGAAACACUCACAGAUCAACCAAAGUAACAACAGCCCAGUCCUACUUAUUAAAUAAUGUAAAUCAAAUUUGGUGUAGAAGAUGAAAAACAGGGACAGAUGUUGGUGGGUUAUAUACAAGGGGAAAGUACUGGAAGUAACUGCAACAGUGCAGAACAAGGGGGAACAGCGAGUCAUCCGAGCCCUACAACCUCCCACCCAAAUAAUUAUAAACUUGACCACACCCCCACACAAUGCAAUGAAUAUUGUGAACAAGGCAGCUGCUGAGAAUGAAGGCAGGCCAAAUCCACUACCAAAUUUGGAGCCACUACCUAGGAAUGUUUCCAGCUAAAUAGUCAUAUACUCAUACAGUAUACAAACACUGAUACUUUACUUGACAAGAGAGUAGAGUUUGAAACUACACAAGAUCCAUCAACCUGAUAUAGUAGGUGCUUUGUAAUUGUUGUACAGUAAGGUCUUGUAUUUCGUGAGUAAUAUAGACUGGAAAAUUUGUGCCAAAUGCAAAUACAUAAACUAAUGAGGAAAAUAUCAAUAUAGACUGGCCACUCUACAUCAACCUCUAAUUUUUCCCAUUUAUAACUUCCAAAUGACAAAUUCUGCCUUUAUUGACCUGAUUGUGCCUUCUGGAAAACCAGUAAUCUUUCUAAUCUCACUAGUUUUUAGGCCUUCCUCAAGUAAGUUAAUCAUAUGCUGCUUAUCCUGCAUCGAGUACUUGGCAAACUUAACUCCCUUAUGAUAGUCCCGCUUCUUUUCCUUAUUUGGCUGCUUAGGUGGGUCUGUCCCACCCCCACCAGUAAGACCCCCAGUAGAGGUAGAGGCUAUUUAUCUUGACUCGACAGAUGGUAGCACCACCCUAAAAAGCACACAAUAGCAGCCUGGGCGGUCGCUAGGAUGACGAGGGAGUAACUGGUAUGAGGGCUGUGACGUCAUACAAGACGGUGGCCAGCUGUUCUGUCUUGCGUCCAGUGAAAUGAUUGCCAAAUGGCAACCCAGUAUUUAUUUAUUUUACUUAUUAUAAUUACCGGUAUAUUUAUUUACUGUAUUCUUCACAUAUACUGGUACAGUAUAAAUGCAACACAGUUCAUCCGGCAGUCAUGAAAGUGACUCGAGAAGUGUGUGGCUGCUGCCUGUAUGCCCUGACGUCACACGGGGGGAGGGAGAGUGCGGCUGGCCACUUAGCAUAAAACAUACUUAUGCUGCAACAUAAAAUAUUACAGCAUUCAGCUGGCUGGAACUCGCGAAACUCAUGAUAUUUUACGCCAAAUAUAAGACUUGGUUACAUUAGGUAGUGCUUGCGAAAUUAAAAAAAGCGAAAUGAAAUCGCGCGAAAUAUGAGAUCUUACUGUAUAAAAAAUGGGGGAUCAACCCGGAUGAUUGUGAGUUUAAUAUACAGUGAUCCUUCGGUUAACGAACUACCUUCCAUAAGAAUCUUCAAUUCGGUUAACGAAAUUCUUACGAAAUCAUGUCAA